GACGAGUAGUCUUGACGGGACAGUUCUGUUAGAAACGACUCCAAUCUUCUUCUCCUCACUGACGACAGGCGAAGUUGGAGGCGAUGAUUAAAACUUCUAGAGGUCGUUGGUUCCUUUUCCUGAUGACAGCAGGAGUUUUUAUGCCAGCCAUAAUAACAGCGAACAGCAACAUACCGCCACCACCAACUACUACAGGAAAGCCGAAAACUACAACCAAAAUAAUAACAACGAUUAGACCAAAAGAAUGUCCUUAUUUCCUUGCAAGUCCGCAUUUCGUCAGAUGUUUUUACAAGGGUGGUGGAAAAUGCUACUGCUUUGUGAAGGCGAAUUUAGACUGGGCUGGAGCAAGAGAAUUUUGCAGACAGGGUGAGAUGACUCUGCUCAGGAUUGAAGAUUAUGAAGAGGAUUAUUCGAUUUUUGUAUAUGGCAAAUAUAAUCCAGGACUAUAUUACUCGGACUACUGGACUUCGGGUAAAUUUUCUAGAAAAGACCGAAGAUGGGAAUGGGCUCUUUUCAGGCCCUACAAGCCAAUGACGUACACCAACUGGAAAAUGGGUGAGCCUUCCAACAACGAGGCCGCAAGUUGCGUUAGUCUACGUUUCUCUUACGGCGACUACUAUCAAUGGCACUGGGACAACUAUCGCUGCAGCAAGACUGCCGGAGUAAUCUGCGAGACAAAUCCAAAACAGUAAAUCGAUUAAGGUGUAAUCUGAGUUAAUUUAAUUUAUACUAUCAAAUACUACUAACCUCCUUAAUGUUCACUUUUCAAUUUUAAUUUAACUGGGAAUAAAAUCGUGGUGACCACAAAUAUCGACCUUUUUCAAUUGUAAUCGAGGCCAACAAAAUUUAAGGGAAUGUUAAGAUAAUU